AUGGCAUCUGCACAUACCGUAGUUCAUUCCCUCCUGUUCUUGGUGUUAAAAACUCACCUAUCCUUAGCUGCUACCACAAAGGGUUCGAGUCCUCACCGGAUUGUCACCAGGCUCAUUCACCGAGAUUCGCUCCUCUCUCCAUACUACAAUCCAAAUGACACCAUCCCCGAUCGCGCAGCACGAAUCCUGCAAAGCUCGACCGCGAGAUUGGUCUACUUCGAAUCCAAAGUCCUAGAGACAAACGUUCAUCAGCUCAACCUUGUCCCAUCCUUCCCUGAGCUCUUUGUCAACUUCUCCCUGGGCGAUCCUCCCAUUCGGCAACUUGCCGUCAUGGACACGGGAAGCAAUCUCUUGUGGGUCCGAUGCGCUCCGUGCAGGAAUUGCCGUGGGCAAAACACUCCAGUGCUCGACCCGCUCAGGUCAUCCACAUACUCGAGCGUGUCCUGCAGGACUUCCUACUGCAGCUAUGCCCCACGCAGCAAAUGCGACCGGUCCAACUGGUGCAUCUACAACCAGACAUACUAUGACGGCCCCUCGUCGAGAGGAGUGCUUUCCAAGGAUCAGCUCACGUUUGAAACUUGGGACGAUGGGGCGAUCACCGUGCCCGAUGUGGUGUUCGGAUGCGGCCAUGACAAUGGGAGAUUCAGGGACGGGAGGAUCACGGGCAUCUUGGGGCUCGGCGCCCGGAUGAUAUCCUUAGUAUCGAGGCUCGGCUCAAAAUUUUCGUAUUGCAUCGGCAAUCUGAUGGACCCGAGCUAUGCGUACAACCACUUGAUCCUAGGCGAAGGAGCAAUAUUCGAGGGCUAUUCGACCCCUCUCGAAGUCGUCGAGGGACUCUACUACGUAACGCUCGAAGGCAUAAGCAUAGGCCAGAAAAGGCUCGACAUCAACCGCAAUGCCUUCAGAAGGACUAGGCGAUACGACGGGGUGGUCAUCGACUCGGGGUCGCCAAUGACUUGGCUGGUUGAAGGAGCAGCCCAAGCGGUCCACAGCGAGGUGAAGAGCCUGCUGGACGGGGUCCUAGAACAAGUCUCAAACGGGGCAUCAUCGCCGCUGUGCUACCGGGGAACAGUGGGGCGAGACUUGAUUGGGUUCCCGGUGAUGACGCUCCACUUCGCGGAUGGGGCCGACCUCGGGCUGGACGCGGCGAGCAUGUUCUAUCAGGCGAGGGACAACAUGUUCUGCGUGGCGGUGGUCCGGAGCGACGUGGAGGGCCUGUCGAUAGUCGGGCUGAUGGCGCAGCAGUACUACAACAUGGCCUUCGACGUCGCCGGGAAGAAGCUGUCCUUCCAGAGAAUCGACUGUGCGCUUCUUGAUGAGUAG